CACCCCGGUGUUUUUACGGCGGCUACUUAACGCCGGGCUUGAUCCACUUGGAUAAGCAAGAAGAUACGGGAUAUAGGGAAAUACCGGCUCCGGGCACGUGCCGGCUGGCAUAGCGUGCUGAGAGGCGAGAGUAACGUAGCCAUAGUUCAGGCAAUAGGGGGCUAUGGCGUUGAAGAUAUAUAUCUAGGGGAGUUUUCACCUCAGCCUGAGUUCAGAAAGCCGCCAGCCUCAGGCUGCCAGGCUGGUCCGUGCCAAGAGUUUCGCUGCUUGCGACGCUGCAACCCAAAGCCGUCUUAGAUGAUGGUGUCAAGCCGGUUUUUGGUCGCUACCAGCAAAGCGACGCCAACUAGGGUUAUCUUCAAGUUUAUCCGGCCGUGUUGUCUCCGAGUCCCCCUUUGUCAAAAGGGUGGGGAUGGACGUAAGGCCCAAGGGUCGAUUAUGAUAAUAGCCUGGGUUAUCAUGCCUACGUAUGUACGAAUUGUGUCAUGCCCCCCCCCCAGCAUGUCCCUCCCCGCCAGGUGGGGUGUCGAAUCUGGUUUCCCUCCUUUCUUGACGAGGAUCGUGGCCCGAGUCAAAGCCGAUAGCGCAUUAACGACAACAGCGCCAAUAGGAGCCAAAACGGUGUCUACUAGUACUUGUAAAUUAGGACCGCGUACGUAUACCGUUUCAACCACAGUGUGACCAUUAUGUAGGACUAACACCCUCGCAGACCAUCUAGCAUUCUCUGAUGCACCUUUAUUGUACAGUAAUUGGCUGUGCUAUUUACGUACAUAGUUGCCUAGUACAAUUAAUGGAGCUCAAAGACUCAAUUCUGACAGCGAGGUCCAGUAUGAGGUAGAGCUCAUCGCAGCCUUAUCUGCCAGUGAUAAGUUGCUAUGGUAGUUCUACAAGAAGCCCUACCAUUCUUAUUCGGGCACACACUGGCAACGUCCCCGGUUUCUCGGGUUUUGCUUGCGGACAAUCUGGAGAGGUCUUUUGCUAUACAAUCGCUGUCCGUACACGACAGUACUAGUCUGUAGACUACAUCGCUGAUUCUGGCAUCCACACUCAUCAUAGCUUGGCUACAGACCCGGCCCUCGGUUAAAUAAUAUUUCCAAGUUCACAGCGAGUCUAGUACUGUGAGGACCAUGAAUGCGGAUGGAGUCUCUUCAAUUAUGAUUUGCCUUCGCCUCUCUGGCACACUGCCAAGUAUUGAGCUGUCCAAACUGGUAUUGUCAUGCUCAAAAGAAAUUAGCGAGUCAUAUUCCUUGUCUUGUCUCUUCCAUUUCUGCUGGCGUGCUAGCUCUCUUCAUCCAAAAAA